GUUGUUAGGAGGCCGCCGCUGCUGCCGCCGCCGCCGCCGCCGGAGCGCGAGGCAAGAUGGCGGACGUGCUGAGUGUACUGCGCCAGUACAACAUCCAGAAGAAGGAAAUCGUGGUCAAGGGAGACGAGGUCAUCUUCGGCGAGUUCUCCUGGCCCAAGAACGUGAAGACCAACUACGUGAUCUGGGGGACUGGCAAGGAGGGACAGCCAAGAGUGUAUUAUACUUUGGACUCCAUUUUAUUCCUGCUAAACAAUGUUCAUCUUUCUCAUCCUGUGUAUGUGCGUCGAGCUGCAACAGAGAAUAUUCCUGUGGUCCGAAGACCAGACAGAAAAGGCCUUCUUAGCUACUUAAAUGGUGAAACGUCGACAUCCACCAGUAUAGACCGAAGUGCACCUCUAGAAAUUGGUUUGCAACGAUCUACGCAAGUUAAAAGGGCAGCUGAAGAAAUAUCUUCAGAACUAAAGAAACCAAGGAUAGAAGAUGAAGAACGUGUACGGCUUGACAAGGAGCGUUUGGCAGCUCGUUUGGAAGGCCACAAAGAAGGCAUUGUACAGACUGAACAGAUCAGAUCGUUGUCAGAGGCCAUGUCUGUGGAGAAGAUUGCUGCCAUUAAGGCUAAAAUUAUGGCUAAGAAAAGAUCCACUAUCAAGCCUGACUUGGAUGAUGAUAUUGCAGCUUUGAAUCAAAGAAGUUUUGUGGACUCUGAGGUGGAUGUAACCAGAGACAUAGUCAGCAGAGAGAGAGUAUGGCGAACAAGAACCACUAUUCUCCAAAGCACCGGCAAAAAUUUUUCAAAGAACAUUUUUGCAAUAUUACAAUCUGUAAAAGCCAGGGAAGAAGGACGGGCCCCAGAACAGAGACCUCCACCAAAUGUGGUACAGCCGGAUCCAGCAUUACGAAGCAAGCAGCCUGUGCCAGCGGCAUAUAACAGAUAUGAUCAAGAAAGAUUUGCUAAGAAAGAAGAAACGGAAGGUUUCAAGAUUGAUACCAUGGGGACCUACCACGGCAUGACAUUGAAGUCUGUAACUGAAGGUGCUUCUGCUAGAAAGGCUCAAACUCCUGCCGUUCAACCUGUUCCAAGACCAGUUUCACAAGCAAGACCACCACCAAACCAAAAGAAGGGCUCUCGAACGCCUAUCAUCAUUAUACCAGCUGCUGCCACUUCUUUAAUUACCAUGCUGAAUGCAAAAGAUCUCUUGCAGGACUUAAAGUUUUUCCCAUCAGAUGAAAAGAAGAAACAAGGAUGUCAGCGAGAGAAUGAAAUCUUGAUCCAGCGACGAAAGGACCAAGUGCAGCCAGGAGGAGCUUCAAUUAGUGUAACAGUGCCUUAUCGAGUGAUAGACCAGCCUCUUAAACUUCUUCCACAAGAUUGGGAUCGUGUGGUAGCAGUUUUUGUACAGGGAGCUGCUUGGCAGUUUAAGGGUUGGCCGUGGUCAUUACCUGAUGGAUCACCUGUGGAUAUCUUUGCAAAAAUAAAAGCGUUCCACCUCAAGUAUGAUGAAAUGCGCCUGGAUCCAAAUGUGCAAAAAUGGGAUGUAACUGUUCUUGAACUGAGCCAUCACAAACGCCAUCUUGACAGAGCUGUUUUACUGCGAUUCUGGGAGACCCUGGACAGGUAUAUGGUGAAACACAAAUCCCACUUGAGAUUCUAAGUUGUCGAAAGUUCUGUGGUUGCUGCCAUUCAUUUCUGGGAGGUUGGAGGAAAACUGCAAGAGACGCUUCUAUCUGGGGACUAAACUGUUUCAUUGGCAUGUCUGCGUUUGUCAAGAGCAGUGGCAGUAUAGUAUGGGUCAACAUGACAUGUUUUGUGUGAGAUACUUGUUGGAAAUAUUUUUUUGCAUUGGGGAAUUGAUGUCUGCUUAACCUGGCAUAAAUAAAUGCAUUUAUACUACCAGUUUUCCAUUGGUAGGUUGUCUUCUAGUCUGCAAACUAAGUUGUACAUUAUUUGAUAGUUUAGCUUUUUAUUUUGGCGGCAGAACAUUUUUCUUUUUUUUAAAAUUCCAUACAGUUUUUUUUCUAAAAUGAAAACAAAUUUCUUUAAAGACAAUUGUUGAGUGUAAGUUACAAAUUGUUCAAUAUUGUUGUAGGGCAAGGAAUUUCUUCAAUCGUCAUUCUCAGGUAGAAUAAGUAAGUGGUAUGACAGCCAUAGAGGAAUAGGUUGAUUUCUUUAUUGUUUUGUAAAAUAUUACAGUUUUACCUGUAAUGCAGCUGCCUUAAGCUGUGAUGAGGCUUGAACAAUCACAUGGUUAUUGUUGAAUCGUUGAAUUUCGUUAAUUUAAAAACAAAAAAAAAGUUUAAUUAGAAAACAUUGAGCAUUAGAGCGAUAACUAAAGGCAAGGUCUAAUGUAACUUGGAAAAUAUAUGUACUUGGCUUUCCAAGCACUAAUUGAAAAGCUGAUAGUGUACUUUCAAGUUCUGUACUACAAACUUCUUAAGUCCAUCUGAUGCCGACAGAAGUCAUUGAGAAUCCAGUUGUUCUGCUUGUUGACAUGAGAUAAAUAUGUUGCAUAAAGUA